AUGCGCGGCCGCCUGCCGGGGCCAGAGCCCGUUCCCGGGCAGGUUGUCUCCUACAGCCUGGCCGGUGGCCUUAAAAAGGAUCAGUUACAGCCUGCUCAGCCUAGCCUAAGGCAUGAGGUGAACAGUCAUGAUGAGGAUGGAAAUGAACUACAGACAACACCAGAGUUCAGAGCACAUGUUGCAAAGAAACUGGGAGCAAUGCUAGACAGUUUCAUCACGGUCUUGAAGGACUCAUCAGGAGCUUCACAAACGUCUGUGCAACAGUCUGACUCUGCAGAUGAUGGUUUUCGCCUCUUCUCUUCCUCUGUCCCAGGAGACUGUGGGAAAUCGGAGCCUUGCCCUGCAGCAAGGAGACAGCCGUCUAGCUCCAGUGAUACGGACAGCGACCAAGAGUGGCAAAAGUACCAGGAGGCGGCUGUGUCAGCCGCAGACAUUCUGAAGCAAAGUGCUUUUCCUGCAUUGUCCCAGGUUUCCAGCCGGGAUCAGAGUCAGGGUUAUGUAGAGCACAGACAGAAAAAGAAGAAGAAAAAGAAAAUUAGGGGAGAGAACAAUAUUCAAGAGAAAAUAAUAGACCCAGCAGAGUGUGACCAGAUCAGCAAAGAUUUGCCACAGUUGGUGUCUGCAAAUGGACAGCAUGAGAGACAGGACAGCAAUUGUACAGAGAACUCAGUGUUGCCAGGAGUUGUGAAGAAGAAAAAGAAGAAGAAAAAAAGAGAAUGA